AUGAACAUGAGCGUGACCCUGGACUCCUUGCUCUAUCGCUAUGCAGCAGCUCCCGACCGGGAAGUCGAUGAUGACAUCCACUUGCUGGCCGCAGAGGAUGCGGCCAUGUUGAACACUGGAGCCUUUCUUCUGCGGCGAUCCGACUGGAGUCGGAACUUCCUGCGCCGCGUCUGGGGGAAGCAGGACUCAAUAUGGAUUUCUCAUCCUUGGUGGGAGAAUGCUGCCAUGAUAUGGGAUCUUCUCAGAUUCAACUCUGAGAAGUUCCGGCAUGGCUUGAGUUUGGAGAUCUACCCCAAGGAGGUGCGCAUCCUCCCACAGUUUGAGUUCAAUUCCUACCAUCCAGCCACGGCGCAGACGCUGCACGACACUUGGAUGCCCGGCAAGUUCGUGCUGGCCUUCAACGGCGUCCUUUCCAACACCAGCCUGGAGCAGGCAGAGCAGACUUCCUCUACUCAGGCAGGGUGGGGACGGCAGCCUUGGCAGUGGCAGCAAAGCAAUGCGUGGGGCUCUUAUGCAGGGAGCUCAUGGCAAGGGACUGGUUACGGGAACUGGUCGUGGACUUGGGCUCCGGGGUGGAGCGAUGAGCAGUGGAGGAACACCGCCUGGGGGAACGACUCAGAUGCUCAGCAAAAGACUGGACAGCAGCAGUCGUGGUCCACAGGUUCUACGAGCAACUCUGGAGGCGGUGGUGAUGACGAGACAUUCGGUGAUGCUUACCGGAGACCAUCGGCCUCCACCAUGGAGGACGACACCUGGGGAGGCGGAGAAGGCACGGGGUCCCUUGACGAGGACGGGGGAUCUUCUGGAAGGGCUGUGGCGCCUAAGGCGAGUGGGAAGGACUUCAUUCCAGAGUACGAUGGCAGUGGCCCAAUGCGGGAGUACCAGCGCCGGGUCAAACUGUUUGAGAUGAGCACUGGAAUAGAUCCGAGUUUCAGGGCUCAGAAGCUGAUGGAGAAGCUGACUGGGAAUGCUUGGUUGGCGACGGAGUCGAUACCACUCGAGUCCUUGAAGCAUCCAGAUGGCGUGUCGAGACUGCUGGAUCAUCUGUGGAAGGAGCUGGAGCCCCUGGAGUUUUUAAGGACUUUCCAGACUCUGGCGGACUUUUACAAAGGUUUUCGUAGAUCGAAGGGCCAGGAGUUUGCGGCGUACGACAUGGAGUUUCGACGGCAUGGUCAAAGGCUGGAAGAGAUAGGGGCGGGUCUCUCAGGGGUCACCCGUGCCUAUUGGUUUCUUGAGCAGGCCGGAUUGUCAUCGGAGCUGAGAAAGCAGGUCGUAGCUGCAGCGGGAGGCCAAUACGAUUACGCGAAGCUCAGGAGCGCUGUGAUGGCCAUUGUUCCUCAGGUGAACAAAGAAGAGGAGCAACACGGCAGUGGCCACCAGCACUCCAACGCUGGUAACCAGCAAUGGCGCAAGGCAGCUAAGGUUCAUGCCACGACUCAAGAUGAAGAAGGAGAAGAUGCUGAAAACGACUUUGGUACAGCGUCUGAUGACGGCCAGGUGCCAGCUGAGUUGCUGGAAGAAGAGCUCCAAGUGCUGCUGACGCAAGCCGCUCGGAAACGGGCCCAGGUCGAGAAGGCACGUGGGUUUUCAUCUGGCAAUGUAAGUGGCAAAAGUAGUGGCAAGGGAGAAUCCCCAGAUGCCCGGGCAAAACGGAUUGCCGAGCUGAAGCAGAAGAUGCCAUGUUCGGCCUGCAAGGCAAAUGGCAAAACUGUUUAUGGGCAUUGGCAUGGCGAUGCGGAGUGUCCCUACCACAAAAAGCCUAGCAAAGGCGUGGGGAGUAACGUGAUGGCCGUCGUGGAGGAUGAGCUGUCGGACUCGGAUGAAGACUUCAUGCCCUCGGCAACAAGUGUCUUCUUUGCCUCAUGCCAGGAGAUCGAAGAUGCAGCGUCGGAACACUGGUGCGCGAGUGCUAUUUCGAGUCAGGGACAUGAGCACGAUUUCUUGCUGGCUUUGUCUGACACAUGCUGCGCUCGAUCUGUUGUGGGCGAAAAAUGGGCGAAAGCGCACAUGGCUCAUUUACACAAGGCUGGCGUAGAUGUGUACGUGGUUGACGAGGCCAGGCCCUUUCGCUUCGGUGCCGGACCCCGGAUAGCUUCACAGUACAGCGUUGUGUUUCCGGUGCAUGUUGGAGGUGGCUGUGCAGUUCCCUGGUUGAGGGUGAGCGUUGUUGAUCAAGAUGUUCCUUUACUACUCAGCAAAAACGCCUUGAAAGCCCUGGGAGCAAGACUGGACUUGGGGCGUGCCAGACUGGAGUUUGUUGAACUUGAAACAGAAGUGGCGCUGAUUGAGACUCAGUCGGGGUUGUGUGGUUUCGAGAUCAACAAGCUUGAGAGUCUCUAUGUUGGGCAGUUGGAUUUUCCACCUCAGGGGAUGCUAGAUGGGGAGAUGGAAGUCUCGUUUGGCUGCCUCUUGGAGGAUUUGGAAACUGAGGACAGCGAAGUUCAUUUGUGCCCGGACAUAAUGCCCUCCAAGGUUGAACUCAAGCUCCGAUGUGAAGGGUUGGCGGCUAAAUUCCUUGAGGAAAAGAACUUUUCUUAUGAAGCCCUUCAAGAAGUGGUUGAGAACCUCCCGGAUGUCGACAAAUCCCGACAAAGAGGCAUCAAUGGAGGUAACCGCAAACAAAGGCGCGGCAUGAUGGCUGGCCUCUGGGCGCAUGGUGGGUUCUUUGGAGUCGCUAAAACAGCCCAGAAGUUUCCCUUGACCAUUCAGUACAUCAACAUGUUCAUGCGGGAGAAAGUUGAACAUACCUGGACAUCGCUUGUUGUGCUGAAGAACGUUCGAACUAAUAUCCACACAGUGUGGGUGGCAGGUUCCAGCGACGGGAGUCAAGGGAAUACGGUCAAGAAGGUUGCAGACGGCAAGAAGCUUUCGGGUAUCAACGUGGAUACGAGGAAUCAGCCGUACUUCUUGAAUCCGAAACAGAAGCAUGCAACUCAGGCGUGGACAGGGACGAGAUGGUGUUUGUCUUGCUACACGGCAAGAUCCGAGCCGCAGAUGGACGACACCAUGAGAGACGAGCUUGUCCGCCUGGGGUUUCCGCUGAGAGAAGAGGUCUCAGGAGAAGUGAUGGCCAGCAAGUUCAUCACGCCGAAGAGGAAGGACGAGUACAUCCACGCCAUCCACAUUCGGACCAACGUAGCCAUGGAGGAGCUCAAGAAGCACGACGUGGAACGCUUGAAGUUGAUUUGGAGCAUGGUCAAGCCCAAGAAACCGCAGUCUCCUCUUCCGGUGGGAUGGAAGAAGCUCGAUGUGCCAGCUCUGAAGGAGAUCUACGAGAAGGAAGUGUGCCCAGACCUCGGGCGAGCCAACGACAAGCACUGGAUGCGAUGGAACCGUCCUCAGCUUGUCACGGAGAUCGAAAUGUGGCUCGCCGAAGUGAUGGAGGAUCAGCCGCCCGAGGACGUGUACUCGGAGACCCCGAUGUGUCCGAGAUGCAACAUACCUCUCUUGGUGAGGACGAAUCGUCUCACCAAGGAGGACUUUUUCGGAUGCGUCCGAUUUCCCCUGUGCACCCAAACACUUCCCUUCACUUACGGGGGACGACCCACCAAAGAAGUACAAGAUCAGCUGAACGCGCAGAAGGAGGCCCACGAGACUGCGACCAAGAAGGGCACGAAGGGCGAGACUCGGAAGGCAGGGCCCAAGAGAACUCUGGUGGGGUCGCGGCCGCUGCCAGAGACAUCGGACGAGCAACGAGCAGGUUCGUCAGAUGGAUCGUGGGUGCAGACGGGGCGAGUUCCAAUCGACGAGAGCACGGACGCCGAGAAGGACAAGGCCUUGUACAACACCAACCUGACCCCCGAGGAGAUGAAGCUGAUCCACGACAUGAGGAAGGCCAAGGCGGCCGAGGAGAAGUGA